AAGCGCUCUCCGGGCUGCGCGCUGGCCCCGCCCGGGACCCGGCGGGAGCGCGGGGCCGCCCCUUUCCUCCCUCGCUGGCGCUGGGCUGAGCCCGGAGCCGAGAAAAGGAGUCGGCUCUGAGCUCCUGCUUGAUUUUGGGCGGCGGUAGCCGAAGGAGGAACAUGGCGCUCGUAGGCAACGGAGAGGAGCUGGGAGCGGACGAGGACAUCUUUGAAGAUGCCUUGGAAACCAUCUCUAUGUCUUCUCGUGCAGAUAUGGCAACAAGCAGCCACUACUUUGCAUCACUUGAUACAAAACAGGCAUCUGGACAGCACAGAUCAUCCAGUGUGAGCAGGUCUUGUAGUGCAUUUGUAAAAACAAGCACUUAUAAAUGUGUUCUGGAAGAGCCUCAAAGGACACCUGCAAAGUGGAGUGAAGCUUCAGACUUGGACAAGUCACCAUCAGCCAAGGUGGAUCUCAAGAGUGGCCUAGAAGAAUGUGCAGUGGCAUUGGACUUAUUUCUAAGUAACAAAUUUGCAGAUGCCUUAGAAUUGCUUCGACCAUGGGCUAAGGAGAGUAUGUACCAUGCCUUGGGCUACAGUACCAUUGUGGUGUUGCAGGCCGUCAUGACCUUUGAACAACAGGACAUCCAGAAUGGCAUUUCUGCUAUGAAGGACGCCUUACAGACCUGCCAAAGAUAUAGGAAAAAAAACACUGUUAUAGAAUCUUUCUCAAGUCUUCUUUCUAGAGGAUCACUGGAACAGCUGACUGAAGAGGAGAUGCAUGCUGAAAUCUGUUAUGCCGAGUGUCUCCUACAGAAAGCCGCACUCACGUUUGUGCAGGAUGAAAAUAUGAUCAACUUCAUCAAAGGUGGACUCAAAAUUAGAACAAGUUACCAAAUAUAUAAAGAAUGUCUUUCAAUCCUGCAUGUAAUUCAGAAGAACAAAGUUGAACAACAGUUCUUCUAUGAGUUUGAAGGGGGUGUCAAGCUUGGAAUAGGGGCCUUUAAUUUGAUGCUGUCCCUUUUACCAGCAAGGAUUAUCAGAUUGUUAGAAUUUAUAGGAUUUUCUGGAAACAGGGAAUUGGGCCUCUUGCAGUUACGAGAAGGUGCAUCAGGAAGAAGCAUGAGGUCCUCACUAUGCUGCUUAACUAUCCUAGCUUUUCAUACUUAUAUCUCCCUGAUACUUGGUACAGGAGAAGUGAAUAUCGUGGAAGCAGAGAGUCUCCUUGCACCUUUCCUCCGGGCGUUUCCAAAUGGCUCACUCAUGUUAUUUUAUCAUGCCCGGAUACAGCUGCUGAAAGGGAAUGUGGAAGAGGCACAAGAGCUAUAUCGAAAGUGCAUUUCAGUUCAAGAAGAAUGGAAACAGUUUCAUCAUCUCUGUUACUGGGAGCUGAUGUGGAUUCAUAUGUUCCAACAAAACUGGAUGGAGGCAUAUUACUAUUCAGAUCUGCUUUGCAAAGAGAGUAAAUGGUCCAAGGCAACAUAUGUGUUCUUGAAAGCUGCAAUUUUGAGUAUGCUUCCAGAGGAAGAGGUGGUAGCAACUAAAGAGAAUAUAGUAACUUUAUUCAGACAGGUGGACAGCUUGAAGCAGAGAAUUGCUGGGAAGUCCAUCCCUACCGAGAAGUUUGCUGUGAGGAAGUCUCGCCGAUACUCCCCCUCGUUGCCUGCACCUGUGAAGCUCAUCUUGCCUGCCCUGGAAAUGAUGUAUGUGUGGAAUGGUUUUCCAAUAGUGAGCAAAAGAAAAGACCUUUCUGAAAAUCUGUUGGUAACUGUCGAAAAGGCUGAGGCAGCUUUACAAAAUGAAACCUUGACUGACUACUCUGUGGAUGACGAGUGUUUGGUGAAGCUGCUGAAAGGAUGCUGCCUCAAGAACUUACAGCGGCCCAUGCAAGCGGAACUGUGUUUCAAUCAUGUUGUCCAAAGUGAAAAGCUACUCAAGUAUGACCACUACCUAGUGCCAUUUACUCUGUUUGAGUUGGCAUUUUUGUACAAAAGCCAAGGGGAAAUUGACAAGGCCAUGAAGGUUCUAGAAACUGCAAGAAACAACUACAAAGAUUACUCCCUGGAGUCCAGACUACACUUCAGAAUUCAAGCAGCUCUUCAACUGUGGAGAAAACCUUCCUCAGAUUGAUUAAAACGUGAAGGAUGGAAUUUUCCCUCAAUUACCGCCGGCAUCUGCUAAAGAUUAGACCUUGUAUUAAGGUGGAAAAAUGAUCUUAUGAAUGAGAGAAAAAAAAAACCUAAUUUUAUUGUCAAUAUUUUCUGUCAUCUGUGUGGUUUACUAUUGGUCUACAUAAACGGUUUUUUCUUUUUUUAUGGAAUGAUGUUCGAUAUCUACAAAAUUCUUAUAUUUUGCCUCUCCAAAAAGAAUUUCAUAUUAGAUUUGAAUUGGAGAGUGAAGUCUUUUUAAAGGACUCACAGGUACAAUAAAGUCUAAUGAGAUUAUUUAUUUUUUUAAUGUGGAAAUCAAUAUUAUUUAAGUAGCAAGUGGCUUACAAGUUGAGCCAUUUUUAGAUUUGUUGGUCAGUUAAACUUGAGAUAUUUUGUUGCCGAGUAUUUAAAUUCAAGAGAGGAAAUUAGAAGUCACCUACAUUCAAAAUAGCUUGCCAAUAACCUCCUGAAGACUCCGGAAAAAGACAGGCAGUGGAUGUGAACAGGGAUGGGACAAUGUCCUCAGCAGGUUGAAGAGACCUGUAUCUAGAAAAGAUGAUGCAACAUUGUUACUGUUUUUUUAUUCUUCAUGUAAGUUAAAGGUGGUGACACUUUUGAGAGACUAUCCUGUUUUUGAAUGUAUUUAAGUCUAUUAUAAUAAAAUUCAAAAAGCUCUGUAUAUCUUAAGGGAAGAAAAAGUCAUAUUUUAUAAAUUAUCCUCGACCUUAGCAAUGAGUCUAAAACAUAUACGUUGAUUCUUUUUCUUAUAGGAAGCAAAGUUCUUGCUACUUUAAAUGAUAUGUAAAAUAUCAAUAAUUUUUACACUCAUGAUGUUGCUGAGUAAGAUCCAAUUUUCUAAUCUCUCUAGCACUGUGAUGGUUCCUUGUAAAUAUAUGGACUGUGAUUUGUCCUUCAAUCAGGAAACACAAUCAGAGCAUGGAGCCAGCAAAGAGAGCCUGACUGUGUGGUCCUGGCUUUGCUACCAGUUAGCAGUUACUAGGGUGACGUUUAGGGUGUCCCCUGCCUUCUGCAUCAUUGUGUUUUCCUCAUCUGUGAAAUGGUAAAAGAACAGAUGACUUUCAAGGUCUCUUUCAGUUUUAUAGCUGUGGGUCUGUGUAUUAGGUAUUUAUUUUCAGCAAACAAAGUUAAAAUGUUUAAUCCAAGCCAUUCCCAGUUAGUGUGUGUUUUAUUUUGCAGUCAUCACUGUACCCCCUCGCCCUUCAAAUAUGUAUGUGUUUUGGCUAGGGACAAGAUUGCAUCCAGAGCGAGGAAAAACAAGUCAUGAAUGGAUGAACCAGAGUUUUGUCCUAUUUCUAUUUUUAUUUUGAAGAAUGAUUUGUCAUGGAAGCUUUGCAGUUCAACAGAAACAGCCCCAAAUUGGGAGUCAGGAGCCCAUCUCUGUCAGUUAAUAGUUUCUUGACACAGAGCAAGUCAUUCACUCUUUCUGGGACUCAGUUUCCCCAAUGGGGAUAGCAACAUAGUGCUUGGUGCUUGUGAGGGCUCAAUUGGAUAAUGCAUAUGAUAUCUUUGUGUAAACUGUGAAAGGCUAUAUGAAUAUGAGUUGUAAUAAUUAUGGUUUAUAUGCACUGAUUACAGUAUCAACACAAAGAUAUUGGCUGAGUCUGUGGUCUCUGAUAUAAAAUGAAGGAAACAUGGAAAUUCAAACACCUUUAAAUUAAUUCAUGUGUUUGGCACUGACUAUAGCUCGGAUUAUGAAUUUGCUCCUUGCUAUUUAUUCCCUGCUACAUUAGCCUGUACCCAACUGGUACUUGGUGGUGUUUUCUUUAAGAUACUGAUUCUUGACCAAUAGUGAGGAUGUAUUUCCAAUGGAAUAUGAUUAAUACAGCUCAAGUCAGAGUACCACCCCUUCAGAUGGUGUGCUGCCAGAUCCCAAUAUGGGCUAUUAAUAUGAAUUAUAUAACUUUACUUUAGGUCUAGACAAAAGAGGAAAUAAAGUGAACUGUCAUUACAAUUAGUAGAAUGUGUGUUCAACAAUUACUUUCUAUACUGGUAAAAAAAAAGUUUAUAAAUUUCUUAGAAGAGCUUUGGUAGCAUUCCUUUUGUAAAGUACGAACAUUCACAUUAUUUUGGUGAGAAGUUGCAAGUCAGAGUGAAAGUAAAAAAUGUUCUAUCUGGUAUAAAAUGAAAACAAAACAACGUAAGCUAAUAGUGGUUAUUUUUAUUUUAUUUUAACCCUACAUUACCAAAACAAAUAUAAAAGAAAUUCAUAUCUUCAGUUUCAAUUUUUUCUUUAUUUUUCCUUCUUUUCUUUUUCUUUCCUAUUCUUUUGUGGUUACAUGGUAAUAUGGAUAAUGUAUCGAAUGGAUUUUUGAGUGCUGUAAAUAUCAUUAAUGCUACAAAUAUUUAUCUAUUUCCUGCCAUGUUCGAGAUGUCAUGGUGGUACCAGUUUCUUGUGACAUCAGCUAAUAUUGCAUUUUUGGUUAUUUUGUGAUUCAGUGUGUUCUGUGAAGAAUGAGUCUGAAAUGACAAUGUUUUAUCUAAUGUUUUGAGGGGCAUAUGUGAUGGGGUUGGGCUGCCAAUGUGUCUGACAGUUUGUGCAAUUUGUAUAGUUCUUAGUGUAAUUGCUUUUUUUUUUUUUCUUUUUUUAAAUGGAGAGCCAGGGUUCUGAUUGGUGCUGUGUAAAUUUGAGACUCAAGUAGAGGUUAUGCUUUGUAGGAUUGGUGACAAGGAAGGCAUGACUUCCACUUGACAAUUAAUGGAAGAUUACGUUGGCUCUUAUAGGAACAUAUAUAUUUUAAUGUUUUUAUGCUUCUCCUGGGUACAAGAAGGUCCCAAGUUAAUAGGAAAAGGGGGUUCAUUGACUCUGUUUUUACUGCACGUGGGCAGAAGCUGUAGGGAGGUGAAGUCCAGAUUAAUCAGCAUCAAAGAAGAUUUUUAAUCAUUGGAACAAUCCGACAGCAUAACUACCUCUUUUGCAGAAGAGUGAGUUUGGCAGAGCUAUGUGACUCAUUCCUCGCUGACCUGGAAGCUUAGAGUUGAAGCUCGAGGUCCCCCUGUGAAUCUUUGUUCAGGCCUUCAACUCAGUGAGAUGUGUGUAAAGAAGAAAGGUCUCCCUCUUUCAGAGAAAAGUGAGUGUUUCCUCUUGUGAAGCUGCUUGUAGAGGUGGUUACUCUGCGAUAGGCACUGAGAGCCCCUGCCGUUGGUACUCAUUAUCAUUCCACUUCUCAUCCGUUCCUUUAAAGUGACUCUGUUGAUGUUUUUGAAUAGUGGUAUUUCUUCCUUUGGAUAUUGAAAGUAAUAAUUUAAAAAAGGUCUUUGUGACCAAUUGGAAGAAUUUCUGGAAUUACUCUGAUUGAUUCUUCAUUGAUUUUUUUUUCAUAUUCCUGAUUUUUUUCCUAGUUAUUCUCUCUAUAAUUUAUAAAUCAUAAAUUCAAAUAAGUUUAGUUAAAAUGAGUUCACAAAGACUCCGGUGAUGGUUUUGAUGUCCUAAGAUUUUGUGAUUCAUAGGCCCUGGAAUGGAUCAUGGGGGAUUAUCUCAUCCUCCCCGACCUCUAAGCAGUGUUGUUUCUCCUUCAGUCCUGCUCUGUCCAGUAUGUAGCCACUGGCCUGGCGUGGCUUUCGAGCACUUGAAACAUGGCUAGUGGCACAUACUGGAAUGAUGCUGAGUGUCAGGAAGCGUUCAUUUACACGUGCUGCAGUUCUAUUUAAAGGCCUCCCAGUAUCAUGAUUCCUGGAGUUCUGGCUUUUCCUUGUCUACUAUGAUCAGCCAGUCACCAGAGCUGCAUUGUGAAUUGUGGCUCAAAUACAUAUCUGUGAAGUUUGCUUUUUCUGUUUAAGUAUCCAUAAACUUUUAUUUCCUCAUGUUUACUUUGCAGAUGAUCAAGGUCAUUGGCGCUUUUGAACAUUAUUCCUUGCCCACCCCCCAAUCUCUUAUAUACUAGACUAAAAGACCUUAUUUUUAAGGUUACUAUUAUAGUCUGACUUUACAGACAUUCCUUGCUUUUUCAGAUGCAACAUCGCAAACUUAGGAGUUGUAGACGAAGUGACUCUAGCCUUUCAGAUGUUACAUUUUAUGAUUAAAAUAAUAUUUUCUAAGGUUAAUAUUAUUCUGAAAAAUUUGGUGACUUUUCCAUCCCUAUAUAUUAUCAAUGUUUCAACAUUAACUCAGCUAGGCCAAUGUUACUAUUUAAAGAUUUAGGCACAAGUUACCCACUUAGAGAAUAAUCUGGCAGAUAGUUUAUUUAAAGUUAUAUAUUUUAUACCUUUUGCUGCCUGUUAUUUUUAAUGUGUAUGAUACCUAAGUGAUAUGCAUACAUGUGAUUGAUGUAUUUUUAAUCUCUUUAGACAUUUCUUGAUGAGAUAGAUAGGUAGAUAGAUAGAUAGAAAACAGCUUACAAAGAUUAAAUAGACAAUGUUUUGUACUGUUCUUUCAGAAGGGGUACAGGAUUUUCUCCAGACUGUUUCCCCUUCCCCAGACCAAUUAUUUACAUAUUUUUUCUUUACGUAUUAGAUUGGAUGUUGUGAAACCCUAUUCCUGCUUCUCAAUGUCCACUAGUCUUGUCUCUCAUAGAUCUGCUGUUAGAUUUAGUUCCUUCAGAAUGUUGAAUUUGAAAUGUAAUGAAAAGGACACGUCAGACUUUAUCAUGAGGGAGAAUAUCUUCUGUGUCGAGCAGUUGCUGUCUGACCUUGAUGCGGUUGAAGUCCAUUCCGGUCUUUUUGUAACUUCAUAACUACAGAAAGAAAUGAUGCAAGGACUAUUUAGCAGCUUGAGAAGGCUGAGCAGGUUCUUAGCCUGAUCCAUCCCAAAAGGAUAUGCGGGUCUAACUUGAGAGGAAGUCCAUUCCCCCUUCUGUCCAGUUUACAGAUGUGUCAGCACAGUAAUACUGUAACACGGCUUUGCAUGGAAAAGUCAAAGCAGCCACCUUACUGUAUUUAACUAAUAAAGAAUGCACACAGAUACCUACAGAUUGGAUAUUUAAUAGGAAAGCUCAAGAUACUUUAAUACCAAGCUUCAUUAAGUAAAAAUUGUUACAUAUUAAUAAACAAUACACCUCGUAUGUUAAUCUAGUAGUUCUUAGAAACGCAUGGUUUAAAUGAUGAAUAUAAGGGAUGCUGGCAUAUCCCAGUGGGAGCUUUUGUUUUAUUGCUACUUAAUAUUUUCUAGUAAAUUGGUUUUAAUUAUUGGUAGUCUGUUUGGUACCAUUUGGGAAAAAAAAAGGCUGGUCAUAGUAUAACAGAACUGAUAGAGAAAUUGGAUAAAAUGAACAUAUUAAGGAAUCUUGCUUAUCAUUUCAGUUUUAAAGGAAUUACGUUAUUUUUGAAAUGCUGGAAGGUCUUCUUCACUUUGAAGGGAUGACACUCCCUGCGUUGGAAAUCAUGCAGACAUGUUAAUUCAUUGUUAUCUUUAUUGGAGACAAGUGUCCAGGUGGCAAUUUGGGUAUAGUAAAUGAGUUUAAACAAUUUUCAUUAAAUUACUUCACUUUUUUUCUAAAGUCAUUUUAUUCUUCAUAGUAGACAAUUGCUUUCUAUACAGUGAUUUGUUUUUUAAGGCAAUAAUUUACGUGAGAAGAGAUUAUGAUAAACAUUAUAAAUCUUAGGCUGUUGAUUUAAUGGCUUAAGAAAACAGUAUCAUUGGGUUCUGUUUACGAUUUUCAGAAGGAGCACACGUGUGUUUUACUGAUACGUGCUGUCCAGAAAAAUUACUUAAUUCUCAACAAUAUGUUGCAUUCUCAUGUUGUGUUAGGGGAAAAUUUUAUAACUAAGUAGUUUAUUAUUUACUAUUGUUUUCCCUUUGCUAACUGUUGACGUUCAAACACCUGAAUGAAUACCAGCAGACUCAUUUGUAUACUAGCAUUUUAAAAUAUUUAUUUGCAAAUGUUCAUAGAACUCUUGAAUUUUUUGAUGCAAGUCGCUAAAUGAUAUGUAAAGGCAAAAUAUAUAUUUAAUAAGUGAGAAGUAUUAUUUUAUUACUGAAAUUUAUUUCCAAAGCAAAUUUAUUUUGUAGAUACUUCACUUGGGAAAUUUUGCUUUGCCUUAAAACACAAACAAAAUAAACGUGUCUUGUGAUCUGGUCACCUGAAAACCCUUAAUGUUACCUUGACUUGUAAGGGGAUUUUGAAAUUCUUUGAUAAGGUAUAUUUUUCACUUUUAUUUGGAUUAAACAAAAAUAGUUAGAGGUCAUAGUGUUUUGUAAUCAAUGUCUGCUUCCCUGUUGAAUCAUCAAAGCUACCUGUAUGGACUUUAUAAUUCAAUAUUUUAUUAGUAAAAAUUGUCAGCGUUUCAUCUCACUCUUUCUCUUCUCAUUACAUUUGAGCUUAGUGUCCUAUCUUUCCUGUUCCCAGCGGUCACAGUUUUACAGAGCAGAACAUUUUUAGAAACUGAAGAUGUGUGAGUUCUAUGGAGAUGAAUGUGUUAGUAGCAUCCAUCUGCUGAUCAAGUAGGCUUUGGAUCUAGUACCCGAAAGUGAAAUAGAUUGUAGCUGUAAAAGCAUGGUAUCAACAUAAGUCCAGAAGAAAGAAGAAAACUGUGAACUUCUGAUGUUUUUAAUAUAAAAACUGUGUUCUCAAUGAGUAUUCGCUUACUGAUUGUGUGUUAAUGUUAUCAUCUAUGAUUUGUAAGCUAAUGCUGAUAGGAGAUCUAAAUUUUCAACAUGAAGACAACAGUUCCUGUGGCCUAUUUUUAACCUUAAGACAUUUUUGAAAACAGAUGUCGUCUUAGAAAUUGUAUUUUUAAGUGCAAAUAAAUCAUCCCAACUCGAAAGUCAAUGUUUUGUUUUUCAUCUCAUAGUAUUACAGAAUACUCUGCAUUAUUAGAUGCAUGUUUAAGUUGCCAGAUGUUCUCAGAACUCUAUAUUUUCAUAUUGCUACAACUGGUUUACCUAUAAUGUGCAAUUGAAUUGUUAUUUAAAUAAAUUACACUUGAUGGAAUUACA